UGCAACCUUCAUCUUCUGCUGCUGCUAUUCAUCUUCUUAUGUUCUUUGAUUUCUUCAUCAUUUUUUAUUUCGUGUUCUAUUAUUUUCAUUCCCUUCGUACUUUUCUUCAUAUUCAAAUUAUAUUUUUUAUUAUUACCUUGAUUAUCUUGAUCAUCUUGAUCGUCUUGAUUCUCUUGAUCAUCUUAAUCAUCUUAACUAGCCUUUUACCUAUCUGCAUUCCCAUUCUUAAACCUGUCCCCCAAACCUGGUUGGAAGAAUGUUAAAAAAUUCGAGACAUUGAGGACUAAAUUCGAACAUAGGGGUUUCGUGUUAUCAGUUUCUUCUGGAUCAGAACCUUCUUCUGCACUUACACCUGAAUGGUUUUCAUAUGAUCAAUGGAACGAUCAGAAAAUUAUUAUUUCUCUUGGCCAACUCUCUGCUGGUCUCCCCAUUCCCCUUUACAAUCCUCAGAUUCCUCUAUUCUAUGAACUUUUGUCGGAUGCGAGAUUUUCGCGCAGCGUAUUCCAGUUAAAUGGCGAUUGUAUUAGGAUAAUGGUUGAAUACGCUCGUCGUGUGGAUGGGUUGGAAUCUUCCUAUCCAAAGUGGAAAAUUCCUUAUAAUAAGGAAGAAUAUACAGUUGAAAACUUCUUCCUUAAUUAUGAUGUUGUCAUUGUGAAGAACAAUCAAUUCCGCUGGGGAGUCCGUUUAGUGAGAUCGGACGGUAUCGCAGACAACAAAAGGAUCAUGCGAGACAUUGGUUUUCAUAACCCGUCUAAUGAAUCCGCGCGUCAUUCAAAGGAUGUUCACUUGGUGGAGUAUCCUAUCAUCUUGGAGGGUCCUUAUUACUGGCAGGGGUGCUGAUGGAUCAAAUCUUCCUCUUCCUGAGAAGUUUGCCGCUUACAAUCCUUGGGACUUCAAAUGGCCAAAGAAAAAUGACGUGAUGAUGAAAAAGGAUAAGAAGAAUGUGUCUAAGGCGCCAAAUUCUCACGACGAUGAAGUUGAGGCUGAUGGCGCCGAGGAUUCUAAUGAUGAAGCUUUUUCCCGCUGAAAGCGGUGGUGUUCCUUUGAAAGUAAAAGGCAAUGGCAAGGUGGUUAUUUCUAAGUAUACUACCAAGAAUCCUUCUAAAAAGAGAAAAUUGUUUUCUCCAUCUCCUCUAAAUACCUCCUCCUAUGAUGAUGCUCUACCUCUUCCUGACAACUCUGCGUCCGUGUCUUCAAUGGUUGAUUUAUCUAGCAUCUUCUCUGAUACAAUAUCUGGUGUUGAUAAUGACGCACUGGGUCAUGAGUGUGAUUUUGUUGUCAAGAUAUGUGACGCUCCUUCCUUGAGGCACGAUUCUCUUCGUGGUGUUGCCUCUGCCCUGACUCCGAGUUUCCAAUUUUCAUUUGGAUCUUUGUCACUAAUGAUAUGCAUAGAAAGAUUCAGGCCCUUGGAGCGAAGAAUACUAAGCUCAUAAACGAGCAUUCUUCUAGUUCUAGCCGGGUAGUUGAGCUCCGUAGGAGGAAUGACCAUCUAGUUGGUAUAUACUUCUUUUUUAUUUCUAUUCUAGUGUUUCCGCGUCAUUUUCGCUUUCCUUUGAUUGUUCGUGUUUGCAGAAAUUUACAAUUUAACAGAUGAGGCUAUUAGUCACCCCGUUGAUGACGAAAUUCUUCUUGAGCACCUUAACGCCUCCUUGAAUAACAUCUCAAAUGAUGGACUAGAGAAUAUUAGCCUGGAUGAAUUUCGCUCGAAAUAUAAAAUCCUUAAUAGAGAACAUAGGACCAUGUUAUCUGUGAAUAAUGGUUUUAAACGGCGCCUCCAUGAAAAUAAGGAGGAAACUAAGAGGAUAGAGGCGAAGAAGAACGCACUCAUUACUGAAAAGGAUCAAGUGUUUCUUAAGGGUGCUAAAGCUUUGAAGGAAUUUUCAUGAAGUUCAGCUCCAAAUUCAGAUGGAGAGGGAUCAGGUUAUAAGUGAAAAGGGCGUUCUUCUCGCCGCAAGAAUGAGAUUCUCUCUCGUCUUCUUAUAGAGAAUGAUGAUGAGUUUGAAUGGGAUGCAAAGUUCAUUAAUAGGGCUAGGGAUGAUUUAGCUACAAAUGUUAGCCUAAAGUCUGAUCAUGAUGAAUUGGUUAGGAAUAUUAUUUCUGAAAAAUAAGGUUGCCUAUAAUUCUUCUAUAAUGUCUUCAAUUUUUGUUCUUCAUGCGGUUUUAAUCUUCAUUCGAUUUUAAUCUUCUCGCUUUCUUUUGCUGCCGCCGAGAAGAAGUACCUUGAGGGAAUUGAGAGUCUGAAGACGAAGUUUUCUUCUAGGGAUUCUAAAUACUGCAGACUCAAGAAGAAGCUGGUGGUUAAUGUCUCCAAGAUGAAUAAAGACGCACUUCUUCUUCGUGACAUACACGUCAAGAAGUACGCAGAGGAGAUCUGUGCUGAUCAUAACAUUCCUCUUCCAGAUUUUAACUUUGUCGAUGUUCCUGUUAAUGAAGAAAGUUCUGAAAUUUCAGAUGGUGAAGCUGAAUACGAAGAAUAUGAAGUAACCGGUGAAGAAAACAGCGACUCUGAGGCUAAGAGUGUUGGUGAAGAUGAUAUGGGCGGGAGAUAGUCGCACUUUUCUGAAGAUCCUCUUACUUUUCGCAUCUGUAAAUUCUUUAUCUGUCUUUUGUAAUACACUCUUCUUUUUCCUCCUUUGUACACUGAUGCUUCUUAGCUUUUUCUUCAAUGUAAGUUCUUUUUCUA